AGCGAGUCCACUGGAGAGUACAACAUGGGAAAGAUCAACUUCUACGAGGACAGGAACUUCCAGGGUCAGCACUAUGAGUGCAGCACCGACUGUGCCGACCUGUCCUCUUACUUCAGCCGCUGUAACUCCAUCCGUGUGGACAGUGACUGGUGGGUGGCGUACGAGAAACCCAACUACAUGGGGUACCAGUAUGUCCUGAACAGGGGGGAGUAUCCUGACUACCAGCGCUGGAUGGGAUUCAACGACAACAUCAGGUCCUGUCGCACCUACCCACACUACCAGGGAGGCAACUACAGGAUGAAGAUUUACGAGAGGCCUGACUUUGGAGGACAGACGAUGGAAUUCAUGGACGACUGUCCCUCCGUCUACGAUCGCUUCCGUUACCGUGACAUUAACUCCUGCCAAGUGACGGACGGUUCCUGGAUCUUCUAUGAACAGCCCAACUACAGAGGCCGACAGUACUUCAUGAGACCCGGGGAGUACAGGAAAUACAAUGACUGGGGCGGCUACAACUCCUCCAUCGGGUCUUUCAGGCGCAUGAGGGACUUCUAGAAUGUUUCUGGAAAGCAUGUUGAAACUGUGGUCAACAUAAUAAAAUCAUCUUUAUUACACCA